AUGCACUGCGAUUUGGCCAUUAAAAAUGGCCUAGGUCAAACAGGGGAGGGACAGGAGGAGGGGGGGGAUGAUGAUGAUGAGGAGGAGGAGGAGGAGGAGGAGGAGGAGGAGGAGGAGGAGGAGGAGGAGGAGGAGGAGGAGGAGGAGGAGGAGGAGGAGGAGGAGGAGGAGGAGGAGGAGGAGGAUGCGGAGGAGGAGGAGGAGGGGGAGGAGGAGGAGGAGGAGGAGGAGGAGGAGGAGGAGGAGGAGGAGGAGGAGGAGGAGGAGGAGGAGGAGGAGGAGGAGGAGGAGGAGGAGGAGGAGGAGGAUGCGGAGGAGGAGGAGGAGGGGGAGGAGGAGGAGGAGGAGGAGGAGGAGGAGGAGGAGGAGGAGGAGGAGGAGGAGGAGGAGGAGGAGGAGGAGGAGGAGGGGGAGGAGGAGGGGGAGGAGGAGGAGGAGGAAGAGGAGGAGGAGAGCGAGGGAGGGGGGAUUAACCAUGCCAACCUACCUGCUGAAGGCUCACUGCCCGCUAUUCCACCCUCCCCCUCCCUCCCACUCCAUCCCUCCUCUGUCUGCUGCGCCUGCUGCUGCCCUUUGUUCGCUGCUUCUGAAUCCGUUCUGUCUCCCUUUUCUCCCUCCUCUAUCCGCUCUUCCCCAUCCUCUCCCCCUCCCGCUCGUUCCCCCUCGCCUUGUUCCCCCGCUUGCCCUUCCUCCUCUUCCUGCCCCGCCAACGCCCUGAUCCUCUCCGCCAGCCCCCAUCCCGCCUUCCCCGCCUCUCUCCGCAUUUCCGCGCGCAACCGCCUUAAAUCUCCGCGGAUCUCCGCCUCCGCCCUGCGCGCAGCUUCCGCUGACCGCCGUUCUGCUUCCAGAAGAUCCGCCUGCAGAUGCGACUCCGAAAGGGCUUCCGCCAGCGCUCGCUGCGCUUCCCCGAGCGCGCGUCUUUGCGCGGAGAGGUUGAGCGCGAGCACGCAGCACGACGCGGCGAGCACCAUUCCCCCCAGCGACUCCCGCCGGGCCCACACGCGCUGGCGGAACGACAUCCGCGCGUGCGGUGGUGGAGGGAAGAUGGCGGAAGGGUGUGGGAGGAUUUAG